AUGUCAGCUAAAGUUCCCAGGAAUUUCAGGCUCCUUGAGGAGCUUGAGAAGGGUGAGAAGGGCCUCGGUGCUGAGGCAUGUUCGUAUGGUCUUGCCGAUGGAGAUGACACGAUGAUGAGCAACUGGAAUGGAACUAUUCUUGGCCCCCCUCAUAGUGUUCACGAGAACAGAAUAUACAGUGUUAAUAUCCAUUGCGGCCCAGACUACCCCGACAACCCCCCGACCAUUCAAUUCAUUUCACGUGUGAAUCUUCCCUGUGUUGAUCCACGAACUGGAAAGGUUGAUCCCACAAAACUGCCAUGCAUCGCUCAAUGGAAGCGCGAUUAUACCAUGGAGACUAUUCUUCUCGAGAUUAGAAGAUACAUGGCCCUUCCACAACAUAAGAAGCUUCCCCAGCCCCCCGAAGGAUCUAACUUCUAA